AUGGAUAUCAGACUCUUUGCAACGUUUACUACUGAAUCACAUGCAAAAGUUGAGAAAAAACACCAAAAACGAAGAAGCUCAACCGGAGAGUGCUUCCUCAAUGUGACAUCUAAAAUCCAAAUGAAAAAAAGGUUUUCUUUAGAUUUUACCUGCCUGAAUUAUUUCACCAAAAAUAUCGAUACCAUCUCCAGCAAUUCAAGCCCUAGAAGCCAAAUUUCUUGUAGAAUCUGCUUAGAUAGCUCAAGGCGAGACGAGUUAAUUGCUCCUUGCAAGUGUAAAGGCUCCUUAAAAUUUGUCCAUAAGUCAUGUCUAAAGCAGUGGUUAGACGCAUGUCCUAAACAGGAUGACGAAGCUCAUUUUUGUGAGCUCUGCAAGUGUAAGCUUGAUAUUAAGUUUAGGUAUAUAUGAAGCUAUAGAAAAAACUGUUCAAAAAACUCGUCGUUGGUGAUUUUGAUGAAAGAUAUUGUAUUAAAUUUUUUUUUUUUAAAAAUAAUUAUUUUUUUUAUUGAAAUCUAGCCAUUUCGAUGAUCAUCUCAUUUUUGGUUAUUUUUUCAUUAUUAGCACUUAUUGGGGCAAAAGUCAGCUCUGGAGAGAUGGAUUCAAUGCUAACAACUUUAUUUGUACUUCUAGCGCUAGCAAUGAUGUUUUGUUUUGGAGUUACCACGCUUUCACUAAAAAGCCAGUGCUUAAGGCUUUCUGUUAUAGACUGGGAAUCAGCUUAA